UUGAAAGAAAGAUUGUGACUUUCUCUCUUCCGUGUGAAAGUAAGCCAACGUCUAGAGCACUGAUGUCAAACACCACCUUUGCCUCUGAUGCCUCAGAGGAAGAGUUCUGUCCCUUGCUACAGAUCAUGAGGAACCACAACCUCAACAACAACACAAACGCCAAUUUGGUGGUGGUUUGCAUUCAUGGUCUGGUAUCCUGCCUGGGGAUAAUGGAGAAUGCCCUAAUUUUGUGGGUGGUUGGCUUCCGCCUUCAGCGCCGCACUGUGGCCUCUGUCUGGGUGCUCAACCUAGCCAUGUCAGACUUCCUGACAACUCUGACGCUGCCCCUCUUCACGAUCUACCUUGGCUCCUCACAUAGUUGGGAACUUGGCAGCCCACUUUGCAAAACACAGGCUUCCAUCUUCUUCUUAAACAUGUUUGUGUCAGCCUUCCUGCUGGCAGCCAUUUCACUAGACCGCUGCCUUCUGGUGGCCAAGCCAGUGUGGAGUCAGAAUCAUCGGUCAGUGGCAGGAGCAUGGAAGGUGUCUAUAUUGGGUUGGCUGUGGGCAGCAAUUAAUACAUUACCUUACUUUGUGUUCCGCUCAGUGACUGUGAAAGAGGAUGGGAGGAAACUGUGCUAUCACAAUUUUGCAAUGUAUUCAACCAAUCUGGAGAGAGAUUGUGAAGUGAGGCAGGCAGCAACAGCCAUCUCCAAGUUGCUGCUAGCAUUUCUCUUCCCCCUGGUGGUGAUUGCGGGGAGCUACAUCCAAAUUGGUCUCAGCCUGAGGAAAAGGAGCAGGAGGAGAACGCAGAGUACCAACAGGCUCACUGAUGCACUCGUUGUGUCAAACAAAGAUGGAGCAUCAGGAAUUACAAAAAGUACUACAAUCACAAAAAACACAAAUAUCUUUCUCAAGCCUCUGGCCUCUGGUCCAUCUUUAUCCCUGACACCUACUACCCUUUCCCCUACUACCGCUAAUCAGACCAAUCACAGUCAGCUAUCCAGGGGCUUCACCAAGAUGGUGUCAUUUGUGAUUGCAGCAUUUGCACUGUGCUGGGCUCCCUAUCACAUUUUCUGCAUAAUCGAAGUGACAGCGCAGUACUGGAGGAAAAAUCUCAACCUGGUGGAGGUGGGGCUGCCCAUAGCCACAACCUUUGCAUUCUUGAAUCCAGUGUUGAACCCCAUUUUGUACGCCUUCAGCUGCCCAAACUUCUGUGUGAGGAUACGACAAAGUCUGGGAGCAGUGUUUGAUGGUUUGGUAGAGGAAGGAGGGGGGUUACUGAUGGUGCCAGGGAGAAGUUUAAGAGCACAUAUUAGGCGGAAGAGCAGUCGAGAUAUCAGCCUUGGAAUGCCAGGGUCACCAAAGGGUUUGUGUUCAGCCUCGUUCCAAAGACAAGAAUCAAAAUCAGAGGCGGAACGUAGCAGCUAGAUGUUUUUGGAUUUUUGACUUUAUGUUUGAAUUAGUGGAAUGCUUGAUUGAUUUUUAAUCAUGUCAGAUAUGCCUUAAUCUACAUGUAUGACUAAUUCACUCAUGACCUAUUGCAGUAAAACUAUGGCCACCACAUAAAGCAUGGGGAACAGGAAUUGGUAAUAUAGUUCCAUAAAGUAUUUUUAGCCAUGCUAGUGGCAUGGCUCAAGGAGGGAAGUGCCAAUAUGUCGAUAGGUCCGUCCACCACUUUACCACAAUUAUAGGAUGAAUUGCCAUAACAUUUGUUACAGACAUUUUUGACACCUAGAGGGUGUAUGUUACUGACUUUCUAUAAUCCCUUGACUUUUCUUUUAGUGCCACCAUGGAGUUAUCGUUCUUGUUUUUUAUUGAAAUAUCUUUUAAACCAUUACAUGGAUUGCUGUGAAAUUUGGUGGAGACAUUUAUGUUCCCCAGAGUAUUUUGUAACUGUAAUAAUCUUCUUACAUCAUCUAGUGCUACCAUCAGGUCAAUAUAACAUUUUGGCUAAUAUUU